GUUGUUUUACUUCCAUUUUGCCUCUUUGAAGCAGGCAUGGUUGCAGCCUCAUGGAUGGAGCUUUCACCCACCGAGACCAAGUAGACUCUGCCCUGCUCAAGCUUUGUUUACCUGUGCCAAAGCUAAAAGCUAGAAGCUUUUCGGUUUCAAAAUCUGUUAAAAGCUUAUGCUACAAAGCUAUAGAGCCACAUGUAUGUUGCUUAAACGGAUUAGAGUCUAGUGGUAGUAUGAUGGUUAACAAAUCUGCGGUUUGUGAUUCACUUGGUUUUGAAGAAAAGAAAGGUGAAAUGGGGAGUUCAGUUGAGAAAAAUGAAAGCUUUGGUGAUAAUGGGGUCCAAAAGGGUCGUGAAAGUAGUUCAAGCUCUGACCCUUUGACACCAGAAACAACAGUGCACGAGGAAGAACACAGUCACAGUAGUUCCGAGGAAGAAGAUUUAUAUUCACCGCCUUCAAUAGAUUGGCAUGUGCAUGAAAUUGCUGAAACAGAAGGCAGCACUUGUAGUGAUUUUAGUGAAGAUAGAAAGAAACCCCCCAUGAAUGGCAGAAUAUUGGAGAAACAAAGUUCCACAAUUUCAGAGAUUGAGUUGAUGAAGGAAAGAUUUGCAAAAUUGCUGCUUGGUGAAGAUAUGUCAGGUUCUGGAAAUGGUGUUUGCACUGCCUUGGCUAUUUCAAAUGCCAUUACCAAUCUUUCUGCCACCUUAUUUGGGCAAAUAUGGAGGUUAGAACCAGUACCUCAUGAGAAGAAAGCAAUGUGGCGAAGAGAGAUGGAAUGGUUUCUUUCCGUUAGCGAUCACAUUGUCGAGUUGAUACCGACUUGGCAGACGAUCCCGGGUGGAAGCAAGCGAGAGGUCAUGACUUGCAGGCCCCGAUUGGAUCUUUACGUUAACCUCCCGGCUUUGCGAAAACUGGACAACAUGCUUCUCGAGAUAUUAGAUAGUUUUGUUGAUGCAGAGUUCUGGUAUGUUGACCAAGGGAUUCUAGCUCAGCAGGCUGAUGGAUCAACCCCUUUCCGAAAAGCCCUUCAGCGCCAAGAGGAGAAAUGGUGGCUCCCCGUGCCUCGAGUGCCACCGGGAGGCCUCGAUGAAAAUUCAAGGAAGGAGUUGCAGCAUAAACGUGACUGUGCAAACCAGAUCCUAAAAGCUGCCAUGGCUAUCAACAACAUUACUCUAGCUGACAUGGAAGUCCUAGAAUCAUAUUUUGACUCUCUUCCGAAGAAUGGCCGAGCGAGCUUAGGAGAUCUUAUUUAUCGCUAUAUUUCAUCCGAUCUGUUUACCCCUGAAUGUCUUCUUGAUUGCCUUGAUUUGUCCUCUGAGCAUCAAACUAUAGAAAUCGCCAACCGGGUGGAGGCUUCGGUAUAUCUGUGGCGCAGAAAAACCAAUCUCAAACCUGUCAACACAGCUCGCUCUAGUUCAAAGUCGUCAUGGGACAUGGUCAAGGAUCUGAUGGUCGAUGCUGAAAAGAGAGAAAUACUUGCUGAUCGAGCCGAGAGCCUACUUCUUUGCUUGAAGCAGCGGUUCCCGGGCCUUCCCCAGACCACUUUAGAUAUGAGCAAGAUUCAGUACAACAAGGAUAUCGGAAAAUCCAUUCUCGAAAGCUACUCGAGAGUAUUGGAGAGCCUGGCAUUUAACAUUGUGGCGCGUAUUGAUGAUCUGCUUUAUGUCGAUGAUUUGACCAAGCAUUCUGAUCAAUUCUCUUCACCAGCCAGAGUUGGUAUAAUUGGUCGGAAGAGUCUUUCGACUCCGUACUCAGUCCCCUUCUCAAGCACCCCUUAUAGAACUGCAUUUACAACUCCAAACUUUUCACCAGCACAUCUGGUUAGCCCUGCAAAGGGAGAAAAACAACAGCACGGGAUCGGCGUGAAAAAGGUUUUGUUGACAGAUUAUCUUAGUAUUGAUUUAAGAGAUAAGGAAUACAGUAACCCAAACGAAGAAACCGAAUCAGGUUCAAGCAUAGCUCGAGAAACAACGGGAUCGUUUGAAUGUCCAAACGAGGCAACAAGUUAACUGAAACAGAAGCCAUUCACUGAGAAAGAGCCCUGGGGUUGCACACCAUGAACCACUUUCCAAAGACAGCAGUCUUUCACCUUUUUCUAUUAUAACUCUCUAAAUAUUUGGUAGAAAUAGGAAGAUGCCUAAGAACUACAAACACUCGCCCUGUUAUUUAAGU